AUGGCAGGUCCUUCGCUUCGAAACAUCAUCGUGAUCGGAGGCUCCUUCGUGGGGCGGUCGACAGCGCAGGAACUUGCAAAAAUUAUUCCCCCGACUCAUCGAGUCCUCCUGACGGAACCCCACAGUCAUUUCCACCAUCUGUUCACUUUUCCCCGCUUUGCUAUCGUUCCUGGGCAAGAACAUAAAGCGUUCAUUCCAUAUAGCGGACUAUUCUCCGCUGCAACAAACCCGGCUGCCCAUGGAGUGGUCCAAGCGAGGGUCUUGUCCAUCCAGCCUCAGCAUGUAGAGCUCGAUCGUGAGUGGCAGGGCUCGAAAAGUAUUCCAUUUGAUUAUGUGGUGGUCGCGACUGGAACUCGGCUUUCAAAGCCCGCUGCCAUGGAACACGACGAUAAGCCAUCAUCUGUCGAGUACUUGCAGAAGCAUCAAGGGGAUAUUAAGCGAUCAAGAUCGAUUCUCAUCGUUGGAGGUGGUGCCGUCGGUGUGCAGAUGGCAACUGAUCUCAAAGAGUACUAUCCGGACAAAGAGGUGACGGUCGUCCAGUCGCGGCCUCGUGUGAUGCCAAGCUUCCAUCCUCGGCUUCAUGAAAUCGUCAAACAGCGCUUCGACGACUUGGGAGUCCGACUCGUCACCGGAUCUCGCGUUAGGAUUCCCCCUGGAGGGUUUCCGAGCGACGGAAGUACUUUUAAUGUGCAGCUAACCAAUGGUACCACGGAAUCUACCCAGUUCGUGAUUUUGGCGACGGGGCAAACCCCCAACAACCAACUGGUUGCGAAUCUAAAACCCUCUACGCCUGAAGGCCAACCUGUGGUUAAUCCAGAUAAUGGAUUCAUCCGAGUUCGACCAACGAUGCAGUUCCUUGAUGACAAGUAUUCAAAUCUGUUCGCUGUGGGAGAUAUUGCCGAUACAGGAGCGCAAAAGGCUGCACGACCUGGCGCAGCCCAAGCGGCAGUGGUCGCCAAGAACAUCCGGGCAUUGAUCGAAGGACGUAAUCCGGAGGAGACUUUUGUCAAGGGACCCGGAGCCAUCCACAUUACUUUAGGCAUGAAAUACAAUAUGGUCUUCCGCAACCCAAAUACUGCAGAGGGCCAAACAGAACCUUGGGUUAAUGAGAAAAACGAUGGUCAAGAGGACAUGAACGUGGAGGCCAUGUGGCAGAGAAUGGGGAUCUCGGUCGAGAACUCGCGCCAAUUUCACCUAUGA